GAUGACGGGACUUUCUUUCUGCUAAAGGAAGGAAACACGCUGCUUGAGCCUCGCAGUCAGCAUGACUCCACGCAUUGCUUUGCAGCCUGCAUUCAAGGCCUUUACUGGCUCUUCCUUCGUCCAAAACCCUCUUGUUGCGCUCGCAUUGAACCCCUCGAAAACCUCUGUCAGAGCCGGAUCUGCGGAGAGCCGGGAAAGAAGGCGACAUGAUCCUUUUCUGCAGUCAUUAGCGCGCCGGCGCAAGGCUGCCAAUUCAAGCCGUCAGCAGGUCUUGCGAGAAGAACGAAAAGUUGCUUUGGGGGAUCCGGUGGAGAGCAAGCCAACACCGUUUAUUCAAGAGAUCAUGUCACUGCAGACCCAGGGCCCUGUGCAAGGCAAGUCGCGAAACAUCAAUUUCUACGUUUCGCCAGACGAGCUCGACGCUGCUCUUGAAUUUUCGAAGAACAUAACCUUCCCUCACGGUGCCCUCGAUCGUGACUUGGCAGAUCCUCAGCUGGAAAAGGAGGCGGCUGAAAGACAUCUCCAAGAACACCGGAAUGCUGAGGAAGCAGUCAAUCGGAUUGUGAAUUUGUCGAACGGAGACAGCCAGGACCGGAUGCACCUGAUCACCCAGAAGUGUAUCGAAACUUUCGGUCGACACAACACCGACGGCUCUCUACCGCCCAACCCAGUGGCCCUACCGAAAACUAAAACUAACCUGGAAAAGAACCCACGAGUUGGUCUUGAUUGUGGCUCUUCGGAAGUGCAGAUCGCUAUUCUGACUGCCAAAAUUCUGAACCUGUCCAAGCACUUGCAGACCGCGAAAAGAGACAAACACAACAGGCGGAACCUGAGACUGUUGGUACACAAGAGACAGGGAUUGCUUCAGUACCUGCGAAAGAAGGAGCGAGGUGGCCCUAGAUGGCUGAAUCUCAUGGAGACUCUGGGCUUGUCGGACGCCGCUUGGAAGGGUGAAAUCACUAUCCGGUAGGAGAACCGAGUACUAUCCCCUGUUCUAUGUCUUCCUUGUACCAUUAGGGAUGUGCCCAGCUUUGCGUGAUAUCGAAUGCUGGCCAAACUGAGCGAUAUACGGCUCGAGAGCAUAAGCGGCUCUUUGCCCUCUUUACUUUACGGCUCUCAGCGAGGUUAUUUAUUUAGGAGGGCUAGAGCGGCAUGUACUAUUAUUUUCUUCAAUAUCUUGCAUAUUUAUAAGCCUAUUUGAUAUUCUCAACCCUCUGUUCCAUUUUCAUCUGUGCCUCUUCUGAAUGAUCAGGUGGAAAAGUCUACAUGAUAUUACAAACACCGUGUUUCCAACCCAGAUGGAUGAUAUGUGAACUACCGAAAUAUACCAGCCGCAGCAGCACCAUAUCACCCUAGCCUCGCUGUCUUCUCACUAUUCUCCUCGUUCUGUAUAGCAAUACAUAGCAGCCUCAAACUUUCCAGUGUGGAAACCUACUAGUAUAUGACCG